UAAUUGAGCCGGUUCGCCCCUCUUCUUCUUCUUCUUCUUCUUCUUCUUCUUCUGCCAUUUCCGUACUUCGGAUAAAGAGCCAACAAUCUCUCCCUUCUCAACGUCGAAGUUUGGCUCCAAUGGAUACUCUUACACUUUUCUCCCCUUCUUCUUCUUCAUUUCAUUCUUCUCUGAAGUCUCCUAAUCUUUUUCUUCUUCGAAAUGGCUCUCGCUCUUUCUCUGAUUUUCCGAAUGUAUGCUCUUCCUUUCCCACUCUCAAUCUUUCAACUCCUUUCUCUAGAAAAUCCAUCAUUCUCGCUGCUAAGAAGCCCAACGCUCAGCCUAACAAGGACGACGCUCACCGCUCCCUUCCCAAACCUGACGAGUCUAUCGGCUUCUUUCCCGAAGCUGUUCUACUUAAGGAGAAAAAAGUUGCAGAAGAUGGUCAAUUUCUUCCCGAAUUUGCUGAUGCCGAAGAAGAAAAGCUUUAUGAAUAUUUAAACCUCCAGUUGGAAAGUGAAUCCAAAGUUGAACAAAUGCGUCACUAUGAGAUAGUUUUUUUAAUUCACGAGAAGAACGCAGAAGAGGUCGAGAGUGUAAUUGAGAAAGUUCAAGGUUUUCUAAGGGAGAAGAAAGGGAAGCUAUGGAGACUGAGUGACUGGGGAAUGCGAAGAUUAGCGUACAAGAUAAAGAAAGCCAAAUAUGCACAUUACAUAUUGAUGAAUUUUGAACUGGAGGCCAAAUGGAUUAAUGAAUUUAAGAGCAUGUUAGAUAUGGAUGAAAGAGUAAUUCGACAUCUUGUGAUUAAGAGGGAUACUGCCAUCACCGAAGAUUGCCCCCCUCCUGAGUUUCAUACCCUUCGUGCCGGAAUAGAUGAUGAUGAUGACAAUGAAGAAGAUGACAUGGAUGAUUACAACAGUGACGAUGAAAUGGAAUGGGAUGAUGAGGCGGAGCUGGAUGAUUAUGACGAAGGUUUAGAUGAUGGGAUUAUCAUUGUUGACAGUGACAACGACACUGACGAUAACAGCAUAAGUACGACCUCCAAAUCAACUGCUGCAGGGAACAGAGGCUUGAGAAAUAGAACUAAAAAAUGAAUGGACAGCUUCGAUUUUGGCAGUAGAAGUUGUGGUGAGUUUCAUGGCAUUGGCUUUGAAGUUUGCUAUGAAUGCAUUGAGCUAAUUCUACGAAUCCGUGGUGGAGUUUGGCUUCAUUUCAGGUAUUAAGUUACUGAAAACUGCCAUUAUUUUUUCCUGAAUCAUUUGCCCUUUCACAGUUAAAAGGCUUGGAGGUGUUGUAGAUCAUGUCGAUGAACCACAUGCCACUCAAUUUUGAAAUCAUCUUCAUUACCAGCUUUUAUCCAUAGGAAUCAAAGGUACAUGUCGAAUCAUUCUUUAUGUCCAUAUCGAAGUGAUUGUCAAAUUCUAAGGGAAACAUAGUGAUGAUGUAUGGAUGAGAUAAUUAAGAAUUUUAGUGUCAUAAUAUGGAAGUAAAAAUGAUAAACACAAUGAGGAACGUCGUUUUCUAAGAGUUGAGCUUGCAAAGUUGGACGUUUUUGUGAGACGGAUCGUAGUUGGAUGUUAAUUACAUUAUUUUUGCUAUUUUUUUGUUUUUAA